AUGGCGUCUCUUCUUCGAGUUGGCAGUGCUGUACGCGUUAUUUCUCGAAGCCAUGCCGCAGAAGCAUGUCUUAAAAGAUGCCCUGUUCUUUCUUGCACGUCAUGGCGACAGAAAAGCUCUAGUACAAGGUAAGUGUAUUUCGAACGAAGGUGUUAAAAGUAGGGGAUAGUUUUGAGGGUGGGGGUCGUAAAAGCUACAUUGUAGGUAAGUGCUAACUUCCCUUUGUCCUUCAGUUUUAGUCAGAACAAUGAUGUGUAGCCUAAAAUAUCUUUUGUUGCAAAAUAUGUAAGCUAUAUACUUCCAAAUUCAAUUUUGUUCGUCAAAAGCACGAACCCCCAGAAUGGUCAACGUGAAAUUUUAAUUUGUUUUGAUUCAGCACCCGGUCAAGUUGUGAAGGCACAGAGAGGUCACACGAUGAAGUGCUGCCAUAACUCUCGUUCUUUUACAACUUAUUUAGCUAUAUUAAUUAUUUACGACAAAGACCAGAUGGAGAAAUAAGAACGUGGUUUGCACAGCUCGGGAAUUCGACCAUGGAGCGGUAAAAAUAUCGCUUUCACCGUCGAUCUUACGCAACAGGACGGGUGAGGGAACAAAACGGCAAACCUUGUGUGACAAACGUGACAGUAAUUUUGUUUGAAAUAACUUUUCGCCAAACGUCACUUUCCUUUGAACAGAUCUUUUUGUAAAAGACCAGAAAACAUUACUGUUAAGUAAAGAUCACGACAAAACACGUAAGUAAUAGCCCUGCCACAUUUCUCACAUGUGAGCAUUUUGCUGUCCUCAUCUGGUCCUGCUGUUAUGUUGUGCAAACUCGGUACUCGGCCCUUUUUAUGGAUUCAUCUUUUCAUGAAGAUGGAUCUUUCAUACAAAUAUCAAGCAAGAAGAUGCAAAGAACCAGUGAUCGACAACUACAUAAUAAUCCAUUGAACAGAUCAAAAAAUGCAGGAGAGAAACUCCUAAUUCAUCUAAAUGUUAAUACCGGUACAUGUAGUUUUCGAAAUAAAGUUGAAGAGGUUCACUUGCUGAUGAAUCAAAGGAAGGGAAGUUGAAGGAGGCGGAUGUGUAAUGGCGUAUAUUUCUGAGAAACUGCUCCCUAGGAAGCUAAGCCUGCCUAGGAAAUUUAAAACUCUGGAAUCCCUGGUGACUGAAUUGAAAUUUGGUAACUGGGAUGUUGUGAUUGUUGGCCUCCACUGAGACCACCCAAGGCGGUAGGAAAUAGAACUAUUAUACUACAGUUGAGAACUUAACAUAUGGAUUUCCUUGCUCUUGAUCAUUCAUUCAAAGCUCUUGUGCUUAACUGAACCUGAUUUUUGGGGCCUUGUUUACCAUACAAGAAACUGCUGGUGAUGCGGCAUCCCAGUGACCUAGACACCCACCAUCCCAGUAGUCUGAUCCUGAUUUUCCACAGAUGAGAUCCUUUUAGGGAGGGAGGGGGGGUGGGUGUAUAUCCUUGGUCUGAAAUUCCAAAUACGGCCAUUUCGUGUUUUGAGGAGUAGGUCAUUUCUCUGUCAGUAUUUAUUAACCCAUCUUUAUAUCAUUUGUCACCAUAUUUAUUUAGCCUUACGUUGUUGUUUCAAGCCAUAUGUUGCAUGUUGGAAUUUUACCCUAACAUGGCCUUACAGAUGUUUUUAGUCAGUGGUAACUUUACCAUAUAAGUAGUUUGAUUAUUGUGAGUUUUAUUACCAUUGUUUGAUUACCCUAAGAUAAUUUUGAUCAAUGCAAGAAGUGGUGAUAACCUAGGAAGCUGACAAAAGUAAUGCUGUGGAUAAUCCGCAGUUUACAUAUGAACAUUCAUGAUAAUUAUUUUCACUUUCAAACUUCAGAAAUAUGAUGAGAAUGAGUGUUCUCUCUUGUAAAGACGAUUACAUAGAGAAUUAACCGUGUUUAACUGAUCGAGCUACGUGCAACAAACAGACACAUGCAACUAAUAUUUUAAAGGGACUGAAAUUAUUAAAAUGGUAUACAAAUUCGAACUCACUGUUGUCAAUUCUUUGCACUCAUACCCAAUGCGUAUCUGAGGAUGUGCUUGGAUUUACCGCUGGCCAAAAAAAUUGUUGAAAAUCAGGACUGGGCUGCUGCUGGAACGAUGUGGGCCUCGUGGCCAUCACAGGCUGACUGCCAUUGGGCUGUUGGCCACAGGCCCUUGAGCUACAGGCCUGGGCAUCACAGUCAUCUCAAGAUAAAUUGAAAACAAUGCUUGUGCAAAAUGUUAUGGGGCAAACAAGGUGUGGUACCAUGUGGAAAUGGAAAAUAAUGCAGAGAUGAGAUAGAUCAAAGCAUAUUUCCAUCAUACACUGUAUUUCUGGAAUUGUUGAGCUACACUCAGUGAAAUUCCCAGCCUUCUUCUGAUUUACAUCUGUAUGAAAACCAGGCUCCUUAGUAAACUAAAGAACUCGCAAAUUUCCUUUGUUUUCUAAUUUGUAAGGGAUUUCAUAUCCUGGGAGAUUCUGUCCUGCAUACAGUUGUAAUUGUUCACAUAAGCUGACAGUGCCAACCCUCUGUACUCGAUCACAUAAGAUUUUCCAAGUUGACAUUAUGCUGCUAUACGCUAUUGUUUAAUUUGUGGUCAGUCAAUUCAAUAAGCUUAACAAUAUUUUGCAUGACUUAUUUUUACUGCACCCAGACCACUACAUAAACAUUUAAAGGAAGAUGCUGAAGUUGUGGUUAUUGGUGGCGGAGUUGUGGGUACCAGUAUCGCAUACCACCUGGCUAAAAAAGGAAUGAAGGACGUCAUACUCUUAGAAAAAUCUGAGUUAACUGCUGGAUCUACAUGGCAUGCGGUAAUUAUGCAUUUUUUAAUUUUCAGUUAUUAUUAAAUUUAUGGACUCAAUCCUGUCAAAAAGAAUUUUUCAUUGCUCUGAGUAGUAGUAUUAUCAGCCUCAUUAUAAGUUGUCUCAAGUCAGAGUGCCAAGAAAGUCAGUUUUACAGCUUGCCCAGCUAGCAUGUACUAGCCUGACAGUCAUUUUUACCAGCUAUCCCCCCCUGCCCCCAAAAAUUUAAUAAUAAUGGACAAAUUGUAGGUUUAAUAAUCAAUAAUAAAUUUAUUAAUUCUUAUUUAUGACUUACUUCUUUAGCAGCUUUAUUAAUUCAGUGUAAUAAUAACUGUUUCACUUUGGCAGAUCAUCUUGAAAAAUAGCUUGUGACCUGCAUUGAAUUUAUUAGGAAUUUAAAGAAUGUUUGUCAUGCAGGAAAUUCCACAUAAUUUACCCUUAUCUUCCACUCCAUAUUAGAAGGCCUAUAGUUAAGGUUACAGUAAUAGGCUGUUAGCAAAAGGCUUUUGAACCAAUCUUUUACUGACAUUCGUAACUAAUACAGGUGUACCUGUUUUACAGGCUGGGCUCACAACAUAUUUUAAUCCUGGAAUAAAUGUGAAACGCAUUCACUAUGACAGCAUUCAGUUAUUCUAUAAUCUAAAGGAAGAAACUGGACAGGUCAGUUUUAUGCUAAAACAUCUUUUUCCAUGUUGUGUCCAGUGUUUACUUAAUUGCCAUGUCCUACACACACCAUACAAAUUAUGUAGAUUGCAGGUCAUGUUGAAAUGCUGUAAGAAUUAAAAAAGUAGCCAACAAGCCAAAUGAGUCAUUUUGAUGUCUUUUUUGUGAUAUAUACAUGAACAUGUGUAACUAACUACAUGUAGUCACUUACCAUAAACCUAUUUUUUGUGCAACAACUGCAGGAAAUAUAUUUUAGACAUUAUGCCUUGCUCACUGAAGUUAUUCUUUUGAUUUUUAAAACAUUUGUUCUAGCUAAUAAUAUACCCUUUUUUCUUGUAUUUAUUUCUUCUUUUUCUUUACCAUACUUGUAAACAGCCUCUAUGAAACUUUUUUCAGAGGUCUCAAUUCAGGGCUUCUGAUAUUUCGUGCGGUCGCGGAGCCGCAAAAUUCACAAAAACACACAAAAUUCACAAAAACACGUAAAAGAAAUUCUUUUCAAAUACAACAUAAUGUCUGGACAGCAAUUUUGAAACUUGUCUCAGCUACUGCGGGUAUUUACUUGCCGUAAACUCGCAAAUUUAUGCUAAAACUUCGUCACUGAAAAGUGCAAACAACGUUCCGAAACUACCAGGCGUAGAUUAUGUUGCGAAAAACUGGGCACUAGCCAUGAUGUUAAAGGCUUUGCCAUUGGUUCAUUUCUGGAACGUAUUGUUGUUGAAAGAGCAAAUGAUGACCUCUUUUAGAAAAACAUUAAAAACGCUGCUCUGAUCAGUGCAAAACAGAUUGAUUUCUAGCGAAAUUUGCCUUCAAAAUAACCACAAAAUCCGCUCUUGUUUUACUGAUUGCUUUCUGGCCAAGUUUGCCCCGGAAAUUCCCGCAAAAUUCCCUCGAAAUCUGCCGAUUUUCCCGUGAUUUUGUCCCUAAAAAUCCCGCUAAAUUUUUUACUUUUUUUUUCCACGACCUAUCAGAAGCCCUGUCUCAUGCAUUUGCUUGUUGCAGAAUACAUGUACAUAUUUGUUCUCUUUUUAACCUUUUCAAAGCUUUGAACCAGGUUGGACUAUUAAAAUGUUGGGUGGGUGACUUUGCACGUGUUAUCCAGGUCCUAGGAUAAGCUCCCUUCAUUUUUAUACACAUGCAUAUUCAUUAUUCCUCCAUCAUUCCAGGGUUUGUACAGAGUCUUGAAUUCUUGAAAAAGUCUUGAAAUUUGCCCAGCAAUUUUCCAGAGCUGACCUGGAAAAAGUCUGGAAAUUGGAGUUAAAGUCAGGAAAAAGCUACAACGAUUAGAGUGCUUUAUUAUUAUUUUUUUGUUUUGGCCAAAUCUUAUUUAAUCUCGUCGAUAGGUAUUCAGUGUGUCAAGAAAAAAGCUGUGUUCAGGCUGCCUUAAUGAAGGUCUCUAUUCAUCACCUAUUGGAUAACCUUGAGCUUGGAAAAAUAAAUUAUUGUUUUGGAAAAAAGUCUGGAAAAGUCUUAAAUUUUGGAUCAAAAAAUCUGUACAAACCCUGUUACUCGCAAAAUCAAAACCCUGCAUAUAUUGCUAAAAACUAAAAGUUUUUUGUGAUUCUAUGAAAUGCUUGCAACAAAAUAUGAUAUUUUGAGAUCUGGUAUAGUACAAAGUGUCAUCAUUUUAGUACUACAGCUGUAGUGAUGCUUGUGGUAUUUUGCUAUUCAAGGAUCUAGGUUUUCACACGCCUGGCAGUCUGCGGUUGUGUACAACACCAGAGCGCAUGGAUGAAGCUAAAUAUCAGAUGCAAAGACAGGGGUGGCACAAAGCUCCACAGUGGCUUGUGACUCCCGAUGAAAUAGCAAAGAUGUUUCCUCUUCUGAAAAUGGAUGAUGUCCUAGGAGGCCUUUUUAACCCAGGUUAGUUAUUGCAAUGUCACUGAACAUAUAUAUAGACCUUUUUUGCUUUUUGUUUUCAAGGCCAAGUGAUAAUACUCUAGAGAACUGUUUCUUUCAAAUUUAUCUGAUUCAUCUGUGUAUGUACGCAGACCAUAAAUGAUUGAUUAAGUGCUGCUACUCAAAUAAGCGCCGCACUUUAAUUUAUCCAAAAUAAUUCAAUAAGCACGGCUUUCGAAUAAGCACCGGGGUGCUGAUUUGGGUAUUUACAAAAUUAACGCCCCGCCUAAGUUACUACUCUUGAUGUAAAGAGAUAUCAAAACAUUUUCAUCUGUCACUUAACAAUUUAUUUAUUUUUGUUUAAAGCAAUUGUACAGUAAAUGUGAACAUUCGUUGUAUAAACAUGUACUUGUAAAAUGAUGCUACAUUGUAAGUUGCACUAUGAAUACCACAUCACCUGGAAUUUCCUAUAUCAUGUAUGAUACAGGGACCGCGCAGCAAGUUUUCGAGUGGGGGGGCUAAAGAAGAAUGCGUGAAGGAAAAUUUUUUUGGGGGGGGGGGCCGGGGGGGGCAUGCUUGUGGAUUUCUAUUCAAUUUCUCUAAAGUGACGGAGAAUGCGAAUAACGAUAAAGCUAUUGAUUUUUUUCCACAUCUUCAGUGAUCUUGCUAUCGGGUCUGAAAAUUCACCAUCACUAAAUUGAAAUAUCAUAGAUUGUUAUGUUAUACUACUGAUAUCAACCUUUAAUUACUAUAAAUAAGCCAGAAAUCCAACGAUUUUGCUUGAGCUGCCUUGAACUCAGGGCUGUAUAAUUACUGAGCAAUUAUUGCACGAGGCUGAGUAUCAGAUCAAGGGGGUUAUCCGCCAAUACGAAAGCCGAGUUCAAUAAUUGUUUAAUUAUUCAUUCAAAAUAUUUACACGGCAAAACAAAACGGUAACUGAAAAUAAUUUAGUGAAUGAUAUUAAAGUUACUGUACAUCAUUUACUCGAAAAGUGCCAAAAUUACGCUUUCUGUUUGUGUUGCGGUCGGUAAAUUCGUUUGCUAUGUCAAUGGUGGAAAGCCUGUCUGUUCUUUCUUUGUGUAUGUUUAAAACUGUCAGGUUACUAAAUCGUUCCUGGUUCAUUCUUGAACGGAGCCAUGUUUUUAGCCUCCGGGCAGUCGAAAAGGAUCUUUCACCGGCUGCACUGGUUGCUGGAUUUUAAUACGACAAUCAGCUUACAUAACGUGAUAACUUCUUUUAUCAUUUCCCGUUCUGGGUUGGGUAGCUCUUUGAUUUUUACUAUGAUGUCGUCAAAACAAAAAUAAUCACCAUCCUUCAGCAGCACUUGUAAAAUUUCCAUCUGGGCGGUUAACACUGAAAUAUUAACAUCAUCGUUGUACAGUUUUUCCAGGAAAAAGAGGCCAUUUAAAAGACGUUUACCUCUGCUAGGAUAUCAUGAUAUAAUAAAACCAUUAAGCACUGCUGUGGCUCUUAAAAGACUGAAGGAAAAUCAAAGUAAAAAAAGAAAUUGAGUACUCUUACAGUGACUUGAGUGGGGUAGGUAAAAUAGUCCAGGAAGCCUUUUGUUUAAACAUCUGAGACUUUGCAGGAAAAGAUCAAGACUCUGAGAUGGAAUGUCGAAACCAGUACACAUAAACCUUAGGUAUCGUUUUCGCCCUUUCAGCAGAUGUAAAUUUAUGCCUUAACUGUACAAGCAUGAUUUUGUCAACAGAUGAGGGACAUAUAGACCCAUAUUCAUUGACCCAGGCUCUAGCUAUUGGGGCGAGGAUGCAUGGUGCAGAUAUUUACAUGCCUGCCCCUGUUACUGGUCUUAACCAUAGAAAAGAUGGAGGGUGGGAUGUGCAAACAGAGCAUGGUAUAAUCAGAGCAAAGCUAGUGGUCAAUGCUGCAGGUAAACCCAGUAUUCAACUUAGUUAAAGUUAAAGUUAAUGACUAGAUGUAUGUAAUCUAUUGUAUUGUUAUUGUUCAGUUAAUUUUUUUGUAGGAACUGUUGUAAUAACUCUGUCAUAUGUGACAUAUAAUCAUUUUCACAAUUUCUUUUCUGAUAGAACUGUUUUUUAGUUGUUAGUUUUUUUCUGUUCUGGUUAUAUAUAUAGUUGAACCUGAUCUGGACAUCAGCCACCUUGGAGACAGAAGAAAGUGACCAUUUUAUUUGCUAUAGGUGUAAACAAGAGUCAAUAUACAUAUCAAUAUAUCAAUAUAUCAAUAUAUAUACAUGUAUUGACUGUCUGCCAAAAAAAGUGGCCAUUGUAGAGAGGUGGCAGUUGUGGACAGGUGGCUGUUAGUGAAGGUUUGACUAAAUGUAUUUGGUUCAUAAGCAUGUUAACGAAGGUGAACUUACAUGUACUUUUAAAUACAAGGUGAACUUGUUUUUUCACAAUACAUUGUGUUGUUCCAGAGAAUAUCCAUACCUCCCUCCACCACACAGGGCUUUUUGGUUUAGGAAGCCCAGUUUGACCUCAUACUUUCCUUAAUUUAAGGAAUGUAUGAUGAGGGUCAGAUCUAGAUUCUGAUCCUGACUCUGAUUAUGGCUCAGAUGCUGACAGUGACAUUGAGUAGCUACAGCUAAGUCUAAAAUGAUAAUUGUUCUUGUUUGGAGUGACACUAUGAAAAUACUAUUUAAAAUCAAAAUGUACCAAUUUGUCAAUACGAUUAUGAACUAUUAAAUUAAUGAGAACCACUUAGUGUGCUAGCCGGAUAUUGGUAUCAAAAUAAUCAUGAAUAAAUUGUCUAGAAAAGUUGUCUUUUUUGGUAGUUGAAGGACUGCAGGAAAACGCAUCUCUGCAACUUUAGAAUUUCAAAAUUUUACCUCUGGGCCUUGCCAAUUCUUUGCUUGGGUGUCAAACCCAGUUCUCCUCUGGUAAUGAAAUCCCUACAUAAAUACAGUCAGCUCUCGUCUUGUGUUCACUUUGCUAUAACGGACACCCCGCUAAUACAGACAGCAGCUAAAUCCCUAAAUAAUUUACGGACGUUUGGCUGAAAUAAACUCCUGCUAUUAAGGACUCUCGCUAAGGAGGACACUAACUCGAAGUCUCUACUGUGUCCGCUAUAAAGAGAGUUGACUGUUCCUCCCUAACUUUUAAGACCUCCCCCCCCCCCGCAGAAUUUCCAGUGACCCUUUAUUGGGUGUCUAUGAAUACCCCUGGUUGUACAUGUAGGUUCCCAAUUCAAACUUGGCCUUGUGGCUGUGACAUUUUUUUACGUGCCAUGGUUACCUUAAGUUUAUACAUUGCCGUUUUACCCAAAGAUUACCUUACGUCUGUAAUGGAAUAAAUGCCCUUGGAAGAGUCUUACUGGUAUUAAAAACGGAUUAAUAUUAAUCUUUGUUUAGUGUUCAGCAAAUAAUGUGCUUUUUUUCCUUUAGGGUUCUGGGGUCGUGAGAUUGGACUGAUGGCAGGACACGAGCUUCCUCUCGCAGCCAUUCACCAUCAGUAUCUUGUGACAUCUACCGUUCCUGAAGUUGCAGCCCUGGAGCAUGAAGUGCCAGUCAUACGAGACCUUGAAGGAUCAUACUACUGUAGACAAGAGAGGAAGGGUCUGUUGGUGGGACCUUACGAACAUCCUGACAAAAUGAGGCUACAAGAUGAAUGGUACAGGGUCAAUUUUAAAAUCUUGUAUUUUAUAUAAUGGACUACAGGCCGCAAAAAAACUUUUCUUGAAAGGGCAAUGUUCGGCUAAAUUCGUUUGGUACGACAAAAAAAAAAUGUGUCUUUAACAACAAUAAGCGUAAGUAGAGACCCUUACACUUUUUUUUUCAACUUUUGAGAAAGAGCAGUAAGAGAAUAUCCAUCAACACUAGCUGCUAGAAAGAGGGCCUUGAUUAUGGUAACUUACCAAGUUUUCAAGGUGAUACGUUCAAAGAGAGCGAAGAUAGGCCUAGAAACAAAUAUCACGAAAAAUUGCCUAAAUAUGUUUGCCGAAAUUCCCGAUUUUUUUUCUUAAUAUCUCGAAAACGUUCUAAAUAUCUCAAAAAUAUCUGGCUUCAUUUCAUAAAUGUUACAGUAAAAACACCAAAAAAGUAGCCGGUCAUCUAAAAUGGCAACACAAAUUUCAGCCAUUUUGUUGAACAUUGGCUACAUUGCAUAUAAUUAUUAUAUUAUCAUAAAUGGAGAAUAUUGCUGAAUCUGAUUACAACAGGCCCAUAUGUGGAGAUUUGUUUGAAUUUCUGUCACUGAAAUACCCAUGCCGUAAUUAGCAUCGAAGUAGGUUCCUAGAAACAGUACUUUUUUCGUAACAAAAUUCUAAAUAUCACAAUUUUUUCCUAAAUAUCAUGAGAUUUUCUAAAUAUCUUAAAAUCUUUUAACUAUCUUUAAAAAUAUCCGGAUAUUUGUAUCCAGGCCUUAGCGAAGAUAUUACUGCACUAAGUGGAGAACUUUUACUGAGGUUUGAGAUCAUUAUGUACGUUUCCAGGAAACUGCCCACCUACUCCUCCCCAAAAUAUUGACUUAGGGGAGGGGUAGGUGGGAAGUUUUCCAGAAACGUGUAAUGAUCUACACACACACUAUACAAACGUCUGUAAAAUUCGGUGACUUUGCGGAGCUAUUUUAUGAUACCUUAAGCUUAUUGAUGCUCAAUUUCGCGAUUUUUGCGAGACGGUAUUUCUCGGGUUCACUUUCGCGAUUUCAACCCACGAAUUUGAAAAAGGGCUAUAACAAUUUCGCGAUUCAAGCAUUCUCAUAAACCUUUUAAUAAUUUGUUUUAAAAGUCCAGGGAAACUAGAACAGGCAAAAUGCAUUUAUUUAAAGAUUCUUUUCAUCUUGAUUCUCCCCCUCCAAAUGUGAAAUCUUUGCAAAUUAACGUUUUCACAACAGAAGAUACAAAGUGGAACUUGAAACCAGUCAAACAUUUGUGUAUUUGUCGAUACAUUUUCUGUAUUUGGUAUUACAUGCUAAUUAUUUUUUUGCUGUGAUUUGAAAUUUAUAUAUUGGAAUUAAAUUUCGCGUGUUUACAAUCGCGAAAAAGGCGAAAUUACAUUUUCGCGAAAUUAGUACCAGUGAGGUAAUAAUUAUUACUUUUGUCCUUAAAUGACUACCUUGAUUCUUGACACCCUGGCCUUUUUUGAGUUCAUGUACUAUCUUUUUAAAAUACUCAAGGUGGGAUGGUGUGCCGCCUGGCUUUGGGAAAGAGUUGUUUGAGAGUGAUCUGGACAGAAUCAGCGACAAUGUUGCCGCAGCUAUGGAGCGCAUUCCUGUACUUGCUGAUGCAAACAUUGCCAGUGUUGUAGCAGGUCCGAUAACAUACAGUCCUGAUGUAUUGGGCAUGAUAGGGCCUUCAUUUGACCUACCUAAUAUGUGGCUGGCAGUCGGCACAGGAUAUGGCAUCAUCCAUUCAGGUAGAGAAGUAUACUGAUGAAAAUCAUCUACCUCAUGAUAGGAAAUUACCGCGUAUUGAAAAUUAACACGACUUAAAUUAACGCGAAUUAAAUGGAAAACAAAAACGAGUAAAGCAAAUUAACUCGAAAGAGAGGAUAACAUUUCAAAAUGAAGAAAACUAACACGGAGCGUAAACAAAGUUAAACGUAUAAUUCGAAAAGGAAACUGUGUUCGUUGUACUUUCGCUAAACGUAUGAAAGGGAUCAAGCAAAGAAAUCUGGCCACUUGGUGGGUUCUUCACAGUUUCACUAAUAACUGGCGGGACUCCACCCUGAUAAAUACUCCUUUUCUUAGGUGAAAAGAAUGGCAAAAGUGUACCGAGAAUUCGGAACCAAAAUAAUGGAAAUUAAAGUCGAAGAAAUUAACGCUCCACUUACUUAACUGCGCAGAAGUUUACGUUUACAAAAUUUUACGCGACUUAAACUAAAGCAAUUUUUUUAUAUUCGCGUUAACUUCAUGAAUAAGGUAAUAGACUUUCCUUCUCAAAUAAACUCCUCUUGUCUAAUAAACGCCCACCCCCUACGAUUUUAAGUUCUGUAUUAGACGCCCCCCUCUAACAAUCUCCCCCUUUCUAAUAGACUGCAAUUGCUCCAAAAUAUCAUGUGAAAUAGCGAAAUAAAAUAAAAUCGAAAAAAAAAAAGAAAAUGCGUUACGCUUGUUCGAAGUGGCAAAAAUAGGUUCAGGAAAUUUAUUUUGGAUUGGGUUUCAGUUCAUUAAGGGGUCAGUACUCCGCGAAACUUGAACUUUUUUGAUUAGUAAUGGUAACAGGACUGAGUGGAGUCCAGUUCGGUCUGUACUCAUACGACGGACGAUCCCGUAGCGGGAGUCCGCUUUGUUCCAAUCACGAGUAUGAUUACAGACCGAAUUGGACGAUACGAAGUUCUGUUACCAAUUAAUCAUAACUUUAACAAAAUUUGUGAUAUAUAAGGUUGGCGCGUACUGUCCUAUUAAACUGUCCUAUUAAGGCUGAAAUCAGGGCAGCUGAUAGCCAAUCAGAUUUGAGAAUUUUGUUAUAGUUGUGAUUAUUUUUUUAUCGUGGCUUAUUUAUCUCAUCAAUUCAGACGAUAAAACUCACUGAAAACUGGCUUUUUGAGUUUCGUUGCUCAUCAAUGCAGCAAGUCAUACGCGUUUGUUCAUCAAGAACGAAAACCAGCAUAGUGCUCCACCCGUAAACAGCGUUUUAGGCAAUUUGUUCCUUUUUGGCUAAAUAGUAGGUAGAAAAUCAGCUCGACUAGCUUUCUCGGAAAAAUCUCCAGGACUCGAACGGCCAAAUAAAAGUUUCAAUUUACAUGCGUUUGGAUUUAUAACUUGGCAACCAUUAGAAUAAAACACUGCAAAUCUGCAGAUUUUCUUUAACGUAAAAAUUGUAGAAAAAUGUUUUAUAACUCAAACUAUUACGAUCAUAACCAACGUUCAUAAAGGAAAUUAAUUUUGUUUAUCAAUUGUUUUUGGAAAUUAUUAGGUGGGAUUGGUACAUAUUUGGCCGACUGGAUCAUGGAUGGAGAACCGCCUUAUGAUUUAAUUGAACUAGAACAAGGUCGCUAUGGUACAUGGGCAACAAGAGAUUAUGUUUUGGCCAAAUGCCGGGAGACCUAUGGUUAUAAUAACCAAAUUGGGCAUCCAAAAUUAGAACGCCCUGCUGGACGACCAGUUAGAAAAAACGCCAUAUACGAGGUAAGUGCGUGGCCAUUACUCCCAGAUCUUAGGCCUCGGCCAAACGUCGGAAAUUUUCAUCAGACGAACCAAACUCUACUUUGGGUUGACCUAAAUUGAGUUAAGAUCGUCUGUUGGGAGAGACGUCGAACUUAGGACGCGUCGAACCAAUCAACUGAAUCAGACCAAAAAGCAAUGUUAAUAUUUUUUUUUCCCGAAAGAGCCUAAAUCAGUGUACAUUGUCAUACAAAUUUCUAAUUUAUUAAUUUAGUUUGUCGCAUGUGAAGAUCGACGUUUGUCCCGGAGACGAUCUACAGACGUUCUAUCUAUCUAAAACAGACGGAUAGAACGGCGUUUAGACGAUCCAAAUCCAUCCAGACGAACUUAACUGAGCCAGACGUCGAACUUUUUAUGAACUUAACUCCCUAAGUUUGGUUCGUCAGAUGGAAAGUUCGACGUUUGGCCUUGGCCUUUUUCUUCAACAAUUGAAAUCGUGACCAAAUUCUUGUUGCUGAACAGAUCUUUAGCCAACCGCGUAAAUAACAAUAUUGAACCCCUGGAAAAAGGCUAUGAAUAUCGUAUUCUUAUACUGUCGUACGUCAGUCUCUACAGCGGCCACUUUAGACGGUGAGUCCAUCCUGACUCGGUUUAUUUCGCGGACAUAUUUCUCUGACCAUGCGAUUUGUGUUUUAUUUUAAUUUUGUUGAGUUACUUCUAGGGUUUUUGAAAAUGUUGCAUCCCCCACCCUAAUUUUGUUACAUUUAUAUCUUAUACUGAACACCCCGAGCUCGUCAUAACCACCACCUGUCUGCAACAGCCAGCUAAUUCGUUCCGACUCCAAGGCAAUAGACUUUAUUCACGAUACCUGCCAUCUUUGCACGCGCUUAAGGACUGAUGGGAUGAAAGCGAUGUCACGUGGCUUCUCAGGGGGCAAACAGGUGAUAGAUAUUUCCAAUACAAGAAAUCGCAGACGCGUUUGUUUAUUCUUGACAACAGAAAAUGAACAACUUGUUAUAUUAAAGACGAUAAUGGCAAAUUAUGGGUGGAAUUGAUCAUUGUUACUUUUUUCAAUGCAGUAGCGACCGUAGAUGUCCGCGCAGCGAGCAAUAAUGACGUUAAUUUUGUCGAAACUCAAACCCUACAAUUUGCAUGACUGUUAGGUCGUCGUUUCGUUUUGAAAGAAUAAACAAAGUCGACCGGGAUUUCUCGCAUUCCGCCAUUAGCAAAUUUUAUCUUUUGUUUGCCCCUUGAAAUACCACGUGACAUUGCUUUUAUCCGAUUAUUCACGAUACCCGCCAUUUUUGCACGCAUCUGAGAAUGAUGCGUGCAAAAAUGGCGGGUAUCGUGAAUAAUGUCUAUUCCCCCCUGCACCUACCUGACCCCUGAGAUAGAGGCACAAGCAUUCAGGAAUACCUCAGCUUUAGGUUUCUUUGUUUGUUGCAGCGUCUUAUACAGCGUGGUGCAGAAAUGGGAUUCCAUGUUGGCUGGGAGCAACCGAACUGGUUUGCCCUGCCUGGUGAUGAAGCAGGCUACAAACCAAGUUUCCGUAGAACAAACUGGUUUGAACCAGUUGGACGAGAAUAUGAUUUGGUACUGAAUAAAGUUGGUAUUAUUGAUCUGACUCCAUUUGGGAAAUUUGAAGUCAAAGGGAAAGAUGCAUCGAAGUUCUUAGAUUUCAUGGUUGCAAAUGUUUUACCAAAGGUAAUUUAUAAUAUGAAGAAUAGCUUUCACAGUGUGUUUUCUAUUAGUAUUUACCAAAUCAGUGGAUUGCGUUUUGAUUUGCUUCCCUAACUCGGAAUGUUAUGUGGCUGGCAGCAAUAAUCGACGUUGUGUUUUGCAUGCCAAAGUAAUGAAUUUGAUAUGAUGUGUUCGUCAUCCCUUCCUUAAGAGAGUCAUGGGUUUUGUAUUGGCUUUCUCCUUCAAACAUAUGCAGAAAAUCAAAUGAUCAUCAUCGCCGUCGUCAUCGCCAGUCUCCGUCGCCUUCGCCAUUGACGUCGUCUAUACAAUCAUCAUCGUCACCAUCAACGUCAUCAUCAUCAUCAUCAUCAUCAUCAUCAUUACAAUCAUCAUCAUCAUUAUCAUCGUCGUUGUCAUCGUCGUUCAUCGUUAUCAUCAUUACCAUAAUUUCCAUCACCUUAAUGUUGUGGUUAUCGUCGCUAUCGUAUUUUCUUUCAUUGCAGGUUGGUUGUACAAACAUCAGUCACAUGUUGAGCCCACGUGGCAGGGUUUACGCUGAGUUAACAGUCUCUACCCUGGCUCCUGAUCAUUAUUUCUUGCUUACCGGAAGUUCAUCGGAAUUCCACGACCUAAGGUCAGUGUCGUAAAAUUUUAUAUUUCUUCUUUCUCAAAAUCGUUAAUUACUCAACAAGCAAACUCAAAGUAAACCGCACACCGUCAAGUAUUUAGAUAUCUGAUGAAAUACUCCUUUUUUGCAUCAUUAAUUUCUUCUUCAUAAUCCUAUUCUUUUUGAAGUUAUAUAAGACACUUGAAACAGUGUUUCGUAAGAGUAUGAAACAAUUUGAAGUUCACCAAGAAUACUUGGCUACGCGUCGUAUUUUCAACUUUCUCCUCAUUGUUUACUUGUGAUAGAACACCGAAUCUCGUGUUUGGUAGGCUCCAUUUAUGGAGGGGUGUCUGCCUCGUACCGAAGAAGAUGAUAAACUUGAUGCAAUAAUCAUAAAUGAACCUUAUAAUUUCGUAGCUCAGUGGUUAGAGCAUCCGACCGGUGUAAGGAAGGUCAUAGGUUCCAUUCCUGUCGGGGACCCGGAUGAUUUCUUUGUCCCAUGCUGGUGACAUGUUGAUCACAUCAUUUCUCAUUUCUUCACCGAGCUUAAAAUUUGCCAUCUUUCUUUAUAUAUCACACACAUGACGAUUUCCACAUUGCUGAUCCUAGCAGUACACAGGACGCAUGUCAUACAUGAACCUUGUAUAUGGCCUAGCUCGCCACUGACGAGUCCUUCGUAGCUCAGUGGUUUUUUUGUUCCAUGCUCGUGACACGUUGAUCACAUCAUUUGCCAUUUGAUGCAAUAAUAUUUCUAUAAAAUCAAAACAAGAGGGAGAGUGUUCUGCUAUCGUCCAGAAAGAUGAUGGAAAAAGGGGAGAAAAGAGUGGACGCAAAUGUUAUGUAACAUUUUUAUGCCAGGAGAACUUUUUUCUUUUCUCCCGUUCAUCAGAAAAAUCAAUUUUCCUUUCUAUAUUCAAAUACUUGUCUUGAAUUUCGCUUUAUUUGCGAGGUUUCUAACUUCUCUUUGUUUGAAGAGCUUCAAAAAGGAGACUACAGUUUAUCACCAUUUUUUCUCAGUCGUCUUCGAGGCGUUUGGAACAGUGCAGCCGUUAAACGCCCUUAUACUUACGUAACUCAUGUAGUUCUUUAAGAAGGAACUAAUCUUAAAAAAUCCCCCCUAAUUUCCCGGACGAAGUAAAGUGUUGAAAUAAAGAGCUCCUAACAAUUAUUGAACACCUCCUUCCUUUCCCUAUCUAGGUGGUUAUUGGAACAUGCAAGGAAAGGAAAUUACGAAGUAACUAUUGAAAAUGUGACAGAUGAUAUGUCCUGUCUUAGCGUAGCUGGGCCUUACUCGCGCGAUGUGCUCUCCAAACUCACUUCCACAGACAUGAGUAACAGUGGGUUUAAAUUUCUGACGAUCAAAGACAUUGAUAUCGCUGGUUUGCCUGUGCUUGCUAUGAGAAUUUCCUAUACUGGUAAGCUACGUUCAUUUAUUGUCUUUUUUUGGGGGGGGGGAUUGGGGAGGGGGAUUGACGGUACCUUUUGUGAUAUUUGCUUUUUCAAGGUCAGCUGAAAAGUGAAUGAAAAAUAACUUGCUCUGCAAGAAAUAACUCACCAUGUCUGUUGAGACAGAACGUAACCCUGAGUCUGACGACCAGUUUGAAAUGUGGCGUCAUUCAGAGAAAACAAACGUACAAAUGUCAUACAGAAAUAUAGCACAAUAACUUAGGGCGCUUUUCAAAAGUCAGAACUGGCUGACCAGACUGGUCAAUUGAAAAUGAAGCAUUAGUCUUUAACUAAUUACUAAAACCCAUCACUGCCCUGCAUAUCAUUUAGGAAUUAACUGAUCUGGCUGGAGAGUCCAGAUUAACAGCGGAAUUCUCUUCAGUACGCCGGACUAGAGUACGCCAGCUAGUUCUGACAAAUGGCAAGUGCUCUAAGAAUGACAUUACCCUAAUUAGUGAGUACAACAUACGAUGAAGGCAUGAGGAAAGAAUGAUAGCAGCGCAAAACCCAAACAACAAUUGUACGUUUUCCUAGAGAAGGUCAGACUUUUUUUCGAAAAUGUUAUGUUUUAAUGUAGUUUUAGCCUGCGUAGCAAGCGUUUCCAGUCGAGUUAUUGCUCUCGUCCCAAUUUUCUCGACGAACUCGCGCGGAAACGUUUGCUACGCAGGCUACUGUAGUUUUAAGUGUUGUAACGAAUGGGUCUCGGUUUAUAGCCGGGUGUUUUUGGAUUUGUUUUUCUUUCUUGGUUAUGCUCAUUCUACGAGUUCAAAGUUUAGGGUCUCGGCUUAUAGCCGAUUAAAUACGGUAUUUUACAUUUGGGUGUUGUUUUAUCUGUAUUUCCUUCUGGUAUAAUAAAUGUAUGUUCUCAAAUAGAAACUAGAGUGUUAUCUGCAAGUAGUCGAGAGCUGCAAAAAUCAAUACCCAGUAGGAAAAUAGGAAAAAUCUCUGUUGGUUAUCGCAAAACCCCAGAGGUUCGUCCUUACGCAACUACCCCACAGUAUACGGAAACUGAGUAAUCGUAAUUUUCAGUGGACAAAAACCUUGUAUCAGAAUAAUUUCAAGCAUAUUUCACCCUUUUUUACACUUUUCGAAGGCUAUAAAAUAAUGUAAUAAGUUAUAUAAAAUUACUCCAAACAAAUGAUUCUUAUGGGAGCCCGAGAAAAGCUUUAAAUUUGACAAAAUGAAAACUUACGCAUAACGAUUUUAUCUGUGCUUUCUCAAUUCCUGUGAAAUUUGAAAUUUCAUAAGAAAUUGGACAUCUUUUGUGUUAUUGCAGUUAACUAGUUAUAUCUAUAGCCCUUGAAAAGUGUAAAAAAGAAUGCGAUAUGGAUAAAAAUGUUCUGGUACAAGGUUUUUGUCUACUAAAAAUUAAAAUUACUCAAUUUCCUGAUGGAUUCCGUCAAACGCGUUCGAAAAUUACUUUUCAAUUUCCAACACUAUCAGGUGAACUGGGCUGGGAAUUGUACCACAAGAACGAGUACACGGCCGAGCUGUACGAGGCGCUUCUGAAGGCUGGGGAGGAGUUUGGUAUCGGAGACUUUGGUACUUAUGCUAUGACGUCAUUGAGGGUUGAGAAAGGAUUUAGAUCCUGGGGACUGGAGGUAGGAAUACAAGGGCAAGUCUAGAACUACUAUCUAUGGGCUCCACUGUUUUUCCGCUUAGCACCGACGAAUUACGUAACAGUACUUUUACAUUAACCAGUUUUAGAGAUCUUAAUUUUUUUCGCGAAGAUAUUAGCUAUGUAUUGUACAUGUAGCUUCUCAUACAAUUUACCCUGCUAGCAGAAUCGCUUCAUAAAAUUGGAAGUCAUGAAGUAAAGGUUACAUAUAUGUAUGCAAGUAGGCUAUUUUUACAUCAUACAAAAGAUUUAACAGAACGAGUAGUACCUUUGACCUAAGAUUGGUGGUAAAGAAGGCUAUAAUAAAUCCAAUCUGUAGCGUUUGAGAGACGAAUGUUUUAGGAAAUGUCUUUGUUAAGAGAAGAAAUAAAUGAGAAUAGAGUUGUAAAGUGUGACCUCAUAAAAAAAUUAAAUUUGCGAAAUUAUGGGAUUUGUCAGGAUAUUCUGAAAGAAAAACAUCCAAGAGACCUACUUGCCAAAAACUAGCAUUGUGGAGAAAAUUGUCUAUGAAAUAUUAGUCCAGUUAUAUUCUGAUGACUCCAUACAAAUCCGUCUAAAUUUGACUUGGGUCUAACCGUUUUUAAUUUCACAAAUUUAAUUUUUAUGACGUCAUCACUUUAGAACUCUAUAGGGUUCCUAAGGCUGCGUGCAAACGACGCAACAACUCCCAACAUUGUUGCGCCAACAAUUUUGGAAGUUGUUGCUUGUUGGCAGUGGUGUGCAAACGGAUGCAACCAACAAUGUUGGGACCUGCAGUGCGUCGUGGGAAGGAUACAACCUAUAAGUCUUUGUAAACCAUGCGUAAUGAGAGUGCGUGGCCCUAACAAUGUUGGAAGAGCUGGGCAAACGGAUCCAACUUUGUUGCGCUACGCUUCGGCGAUCACGGAACAAAAGAAAUGUUGGGAGUUGUUGUCUGAAAAGUUUGACCGGUUUCAAACUUUGUGCAACAACACGCAACAACAUCCAACAACAUGCAACAGGGUGUGCAAGUGGACGCAACAUGUAACAUCCAACAAUGUUGAGAGUUGUUGGUCAACAAUGUUGCGUCCGUUUGCACGGGGCUUAAUGCCUUUAGCCAGCGUGAGAAUAUACUAAGGGCUUUGUCAAAAGGGUAAUAAUUCACCGUGAAGCGAUUCAGAACCUUAUUUUCCCGCCUUUGUGGCCUGUUCAUAUAAGUUAAGCAAACACUUUCGAAUGUUCGACCCACUCUCACAUACAUAAUUUUUUAAGUGUAUGACUUGUGUUUCAAUCUCUUACUUAUAAGUGCUCCUAUAAUGACAUCUUUGUUUAUACGUUUCAACAGAUGAAUAUGGACACCACCCCGCUGGAGGCUGGGUUAGACUUCUUUAUCAAAUUUGACAAGGUAAAGUUACACUCAAGCUGCAUUUUGUUAGUAAGUUGUCCUUGAGAAGGAAGGAGAUACCAUAUUUUCUCACUGCAUUUAGAAAGAGAGAUUGUGUGCAAGGAUUGUCCUAUGACUUCAACAUUUUGCAGAGCAAUGAUUAUCAUCAUCAUCGUCGUCAUCAUCAUCUUCGUAUCAACCUUUUUCUUUAUCAUUGUCAUUGUAAUGGUCAUUGUUAUUGACAUUUUUAGUACCAUUAUUCAGGGUUGUCAUUAAGAGCCGGGGGCCGGGGAUUUUCCCCGGAUACUAAGAGAGUGGCCCCCGGCUACUUUGGUUCAAAAACAGAAGAAAAAUAGAACCAAAAGAAAUCCCUAGCUGUUUGAUUCCCCGCCUACUUGUUGUAUUUACCCGGCAACUUGAAAUCUUAGUGACAACCCUGAUCAUUAUUAUCACUAAUAUUAAUAAUCGGUUGUUAUUUUUAAAAGGGUGAUUUCAUUGGGCGAGAAAAUUUACUGAAACACAAGGAAAAUGGUAUCAAGAAGAAGCUGUGUAUGCUGACUGUAGAAACAACUGAUGUGGACCCUGAAGGAAAUGAAUCUAUUUGGUUUGGAGGAAAGGUAAUUAUCGGCGACAGUUUUCUUCAUUUUGAUCUUGGAUUUCAGAAGAUAGUUUACUGCAAGAGCUCGGUUCUCCAGUUGUGCCGGUCAUAUGACUUAGCAAUCCACCACCUUCCCUCCCUCCGUCUUUUUGCCUCAUCUCCUCCGCGAUGCAAAAAGGGUUUUGCCACUGUUGUAGAUGCUCCAAUUGACGCGCCUCCUCAAUUAAACGCCUUUUGUCCAACAAACGCUACCCCUCCCCGCCGCCCAUUACAAUUACUCCAAAAUACUAGAAAUUAGCAAAAAGGAGCAAAUUCGUUCAAUUUAUUCACUUUCUUACUUGAUUACAAGGAUAUGCGCAGUCAGUUUCGAAGGCUCAGUGACAUGGAACAAGGACAGACUUAGGAUAGACUUACGCUACGUGCAAGCGGGCGCAACAACUCUCAACAUUGUUGAGAGUUUUGGCCGAACGGUAAAUUGUAAUGUGUUUACCCACGGAGCUCUUAGGAGGUUUUGAGAAUUCGUUGAAACGUGUCCUUGCGUUCCAGAUCGAAUUCGAAUUUGGAAGUGUUGGUUUUUAAGGAGUGCUGCAAACUGGCUUACCAAGAGAAAAACCUCACGGAGCAAGGGGGAGAAACAGCAACAAGCUCAAACCACAUAUGGCAUCGACGGGGGUUCGAACCCCAGGCCACGUUGGUGGCAGGCGAGUGCUAUCACCACUGCGUCACCCUUGUCCCCCAGUAUAAUCCGAUUUUUCCCAACCAAACGCAUUCAUAAUUUGUCUGCUUGUGUUGUAGGUUGUUGGUAAUACAACUUCUGGUGCAUAUAGCUACAGGCUUCAGAAGAGUAUAUCAUUAGCCUACCUGCCACUGGAGCUGACAGAAUUAGGAUCCCGAGUAGAAGUGGAACUCUUAGGAACAAAGUGUCCAGCCACUGUUGUCAAAGAGCCAUUGUUUGACACAGAACCUGUCCGUACGAGAAGGCAAUUGAAGGCCGCUAAACAAGGAAGAGCUUUGUAAGUAACAAGCUUAAGACAAAUUAUAUUUAAAAGAUUUAUCCUAUCUUCUCGAGACCAUUUUCAUGAAGGGCAUAUAUCUCAUAAUUAGCAAACUCGGUGACUGUGUUGGGACCUUUUCUUAUUGUGAACGAUGUACGCUCUCCGUAAGAGUAAAGCAGUUCCUGUAGUUAGAAUUUUUGUACUCUGUAGUUAGAAUUAAAACUAGUGGGGUAGUUUUCAAAUAGGGCUUGCUGUCAUAAUAACAACAGUCAUAAGGUAUUAUGGUAAGGUUGGUUAACUUGGAAUGAAAUUUCACUGAUGACCACACACCUUCCAGGUUCCCUGCGCCUCUGCUGGCAGGGAACCUUUGAGAAGACCUCUGUUAAAAGUACGGCGUUUAAAUAUGGUUAAUACCCGCAUAAAAGAACCAGGGAUUUUGUGUUUUAGGCUUAUGCGUAAUUUGGGAGAAAUUUAGCCGGAGAGGUUCUGAAAAUGUUGUACGGUAUCUAUUGUUUGCUUCUUUAGGUGCUUUAUUAGCUACUUUUCAGCCUGCAGGUUCUUAAUCCACUUUCUUUAUGCCGGUGUUUGUACGCUGCUAAGAAAGCCUUUCUUUGACGUAGUUUGAUUUGGCGUACUCGCGAAAAGACUGCAUGAAUCAAUUAAGCCCUUUGCUGAGCAUGCGCCGCGUGUUGUUUGAAUACAGUUUCGAUCCCAAACGCAAUAGCCUUGCGCUUGGUUCAG